UGACAACUGUGAUAGAACGGUUCAUUAUAAUAUUAAUAUUCAUAGUAUACAGACGUGAGCCAGUGAGCUAGUGUUUUGUUACAAUGUUCUCCAAAAGUUUGUUAGUAUUACUUCUAGUUUAUUUAUCAUUGGAAUUUUCAAAUGGAGAAACAUAUAGCUCUGACAUCCCGGACGGCUACACUUAUUUAGAAGACACACAAGCUAUGUACAAGUUCCACUUGUCUGGUGAGACUUGGUUUGACGCCAAGCGCGUGUGUGCAUCCGAGGGGGGCUCCUUGUUCUUCCCAGAUGAUAAUCACGAGGCUGAAGCAGUAGUGGCACUCUGGGAACGAACACAUCCUUCUUACGAAAGAUUCCUGCUGGGAAUGUCUGAACUGACGACCACAGGAGAGUUCAUGACUAUUGACGGCAAAUCAGUUGAUGAUGUCUACAACAAAUGGAAGCCAGGGGAGCCGAACCACCUGGAUGGAAACGAGCACUGCGUGAACUGGCACAAAGGUGGUGUCAUCAAUGACUGCCCGUGCGACUACAAGGACAGCUUCAUCUGCAAGAGGGGCCAAUGGAACUAUCUUUGUAAUAUGUCUAACGCUGACUACAUCUUCAACAAAGAUAUUGGUAAAUGCUACAAACUGCACACGACGCCGUUGGCUUGGUCCAACGCGUACGGCGUCUGCAGCAUGGAGCAGUCGCACUUGGCAGUGAUCAACAGUCAGAUGGAAGCAGACUAUCUUGCGAGUUUAGUCGCAGCUGCGCCAAUGCCGAAGGUGGAAGGAAACUACAUGAGAGGCAUAUACCAUUUGGGCUUUCACAACAAAUUCAAUGAAGGCUGGCGGACUAUCAAAGAUACACCGAUACAAGAAGAGUUCUGGUGGGGCAACUAUGAGCCGGUAGGACAGAACCAGUGCGGCGCAAUGUUCUUCAACGGCCGCUUGAACAACAUCGACUGUGAAACGAGGAGUCUCUUCAUUUGUGAACACGAACUAGACCCUUCCAGUAUUUCUCAAAUGUUCGAGAGUUUACAGCCAAAUCUUUAAUGUGUUAUAUUUAAAACAAAAGCUUUUUUUAUGUAUUUUAAAGAUAACUACACUGCAGACAGUAAACCGUCAAUGGAUAGCGUAUGUGGAAAGUCAUAUAGUUGUUAAAAACAGCUACCUACACAUCUGAUGUACAUCUAUACAUCUGAUGUAUUAGCUACGAUUAUUCAAAGUCAAAGUUACCUCCAUCAUACGUACUUACACUUCCACAUUUCCAAUAAAAAAAUCUCGAAAUCUAGUUUAAGCUUACAAUGUCGUGUAUAAAGCUACGGAACACAAAAUAUAACCCGUGAAAUACAAAACAAGAUAUUUAACCUUUUAUUUAAGCGCAGUAUUUUGCCUGUUGUACUAAAGUAAUUCUGAAUGUAAGUACUUAAUAGGUCAAUACUUAUGUAAGUUAAUGAAGUUUGUGUGAUGAUUAAAUAAAAGCAAAUUUUAUCAGU